AUGGAGAAGUACUUUGGAAAUGCAUACAGAGGAGACCCAGGAGUGCCACACGCUGACCCUGACCGAUUCGUUAACAUAUGGAUCGGGUCGGCUGCUUUCUCUAUUCUCACCUGGUCCAAUCCCUACCUUUGGACUCUCACUAAUCAGUUCAAUUGGCACGACAAGGCAUUUUUGUUUGAGCAAUACCACUGGAAAAAUGCAAGGAAGAAGAAUGAGCCAUAUAAAUUUAAGUGGAAUAAAAUGGACAGGGAGAACAGUAGGAACAAAGCUUAUGCAUUCCUCAGUAUCCCCAUCACUCGCUUUCGUUUUGCACUUGUUCUGGUGGAUUGA